CGAAUCCGCAGUCCCUGCCACACUGCAGACACGGAUCUUACACAACGGUCGCUCUUACAAAUUUUAGAGUCUUUCCUGAGCGUAGGUGCAUCGAAAAGUUUCAGGUGUAACCAGCGCUUUAUCAAAUGAAGAACUAAGCAUCACUUUAAAAAAAUGGCUACACCAUCGGGUCAUGUCGAAUCCCUGCUAGCAGGCGGAUAUCUUUUGAUCGUGUUGGCUGAGCCGAGAAGUGCUGAACACAAGUUGGCCAUAUUAAAAAGGCUCACUAAAGGACUUUCAUCUUGGAGUUUUGAAGAAUCUGGUGUGAAUUUAUCUACUGAACUCAACGAUAUUGUCAAUCAGAAUAUAGAAGGCGAAGAAGGUAAAGAUGGCGAACAACUGUUUCAAUAUGCUAGUGAUAAUUUAGUUGCAGAAAUUUUAAUUAAUCCUCACCAUAUUACAUUGGUACAAUGUGUUCGAAAUUUACUUGCAAGCGUUACUAAGUAUAGAUGCAUCAUCUAUGCUGGAUAUUCAUUUACUGAAAAUGGCUCAUGGGUUAUACAGGAUGGUGUAUUCUCCGUAGCUGAUUUUCUGGAUGCUUAUAAAACAGCCGAAGCUCAACGUAUUGUUAGACUUAAUGAAAACAAAAUUCGUGUAGAUCUCCACUGUUCGGUAGAAGGGGACUGGAGUCAAGCAUGUCGAAUUAAAGGAACCCAUUUAAUAUUAAAUCCCACUGAAAACGCCAUUGAAAGUGAAUCAAUAAAUGCUACUAUCAGAUGGCUUUGUGAUAAAAUCAACGUUAUUGAACUCGACAAACUUCUUGAAGCCUCACAAGUAGUUGGAAAUAUAAGAUUUAGUAGACCAACACUUUAUGUAUUUCCUGCUGGGCAAGGCGAUUCGGCUUUGUUUGGUAUCAAUGGAUUUAACAUGCUAUUAGACGGAGGUGCUGGAAGAAAUGCCUGUUUUUGGGGUUUCGCCAGACAUUUGGAUAGAUUGGAUGCAAUAUUACUUACACGGCUUAAUUACACUAAUUUAGAAGGUGUUGCUUCAUUUUUAAAACGAAAGACCAUGUCUUCCUUGUAUCCACAAAUAGGCCACUUCUUUUGUAACUUUAAGGCGAGAAAACAAAGCAUAACUUCACAUGAGGAAAGUAAACAUGAUCCACUUUCAAUUGGUUUGAUUGAGACGGCCCAAAACGUAAUAUCUGAUCUUAAGCAACUGCAACUUCGCCCCCAUCUAUGUUAUCGAAACCUUCAUUUAGAACCAAUUAAUUUAUACCAUAAAGUCGGUCAUGGAAAAUUAGACAUGUACGUUUUAAAUCCAUCCAAAGAAUGUAAAGAAGUUAAAGAAUUUUUAACUAAAUGGAAUGAAGGCGAUAAAAAAAUGUUCAAUUCUUCAAAGGAAUCACAAUUUCCAAUACCUAAUAUUAUAUCAAUAUGUACUUUGCUAGUUUGGCAGCCAGCCAAUCCAAGCAUAACAAUAACUAGAAUAUUAUUUCCUGGAAGCUGUCCACAAAAUAAACUAUUUGAAGCCCUGGAGAGAGUCAGACACUUGGAGUUUUUAAAAAAUCCUUCUUGUUCAAUUAAAUCGUUGAGUUCAUCAAACUCUAUGGCAACAAAACCAUUUGCCACUAAAAAAACAGUUCUAGAAAAAAUGAUACCCGGUGAAACUAAAACGGUAAAAACUAUGGAAAAUUUUGAAAUAUCAGCACCUACAGCAAGUAAUGUAAUUCAAACAGCGAUAAUACCCACAGCGCCUAAUAAAACACAGCUUAAACCGAAAAUAGAAAAUGAAAAUGAAAAAUUGAAACAUAACAAAAUAAAAGGAAAAGAAAUAAACUUAAAAUCGAAAAUUGAUAAUAAGUAUAGUUCAGUAACAGCUAAAGUAAACUCUAAUAAAAUAAUACAAAAAAAUAUCAAUACAAAGAACCCAUCAAAACUAACAUCAAAUUCAUCUGACAAAUCAAAGGAAAAUACAUCCAAGGCAAUAAGGUCAGUUAGCAAACCUAAAUUAAAUGCUGUAUCUACAAAACCAUCAUUAGAAACCCCUUCGAAAUGCAAAAAAGAAGAAACAAACCGUAAAAUGCUUGUAGCAUCAAAAACAAAUUCUGGAUUGAACAAAAAUUCUGUAUUAAACAUAAAGCUAACAUCUACUAAUAAGGAAAUCAUAUCAAAGCAUACGAGUCCAAAAAAAAAAUCUGGCAUUGUUUACAAAUCAAGUAUGGUUAGUGGUGAAAAAAGUGGAGAAGAUAUACUAAUUGUUGAAAAAUUAUCUAUAACACCUGAAAAAAAAAUGUCACCUGACGAAAAGAAAAUUGUUGUUGAUGAACUAGAUAAGAUCAUAAAUAAAGCUAAAAACAUAAUAUGUAAGGAAAAAUGUGUCGAUAAAUUAUCAGAUUCUGGUGCAACUACUGUUUCAACAAUACCAGAAGAUGAAAAAAUAUCAAAAGAAAACAAUACAGAUCAUUACGCCCCAACCGAUAAGCAAAAAAAUAUUAACAAAUUUUUAAAUUCAUUAAUAACACCAGACGAAGUGGCAGAUUUGCCAUUCCACGAAGAAGUUGAAACUGUAGAUACUAAAGACAAAGUGGGAGAAUUAGUAGUUGAAACCAAAAAAAUAGUCCAAGUAGAAAAGGCUGAGUACGUGUUAGUAUCUAACGAUUCAUCCCCUGAAACCUUAAAACGAAUUGUGACGGACAUAGAUUUCAAUAAUUUAGAAAAAGAUGAAAUUGACUAUACCCAAAAUCAAAUAACCAAUGAACCACAAGACGAUGCUAGUAAUAACAAAUUGAUGGAACAUUUAAUGGAGUCCUCUAAAGAUUUGAAUGAAAUAACAAACAAAAUCAAUGAUUUAAAACAACAAAUAAAUACAAACAAACAUUUACAUAUGGAACAAUUUCAAGAAACUGGAAAAAAAAAUCUUACAAACAUAAUCUCUAAAGAGUAUAUAACAUCAAGUAAACACAGUUCUAUUAAAGAAGGACAGAAUAUCAAUAUCGAACCAAGAAUACCAAGCAAAAAAGAUUCAUUAAACGAUGACACACAGAAGUCUCCACAACUUGAUGGUGAUAAUACGACUAUUACAACAUCAAGGAAACACAGUUCCAUUAGCGAAGGACAUAAUAUCGAUAUUGAAGCUAAAAUACCAAACAGAAAAGAUUCAUUAAUCGAUGACACACAAAAAUCUCCACAACUUGAUGAUAUUAAUAAAUCUGUUUCAACAUCUAGCAGACAGAGUUCCAUUAGCGAAGGACAUAAUAUCGAUAUUGAAGCUAAAAUACCAAACCGAAAAGAUUCAAUAAAAGAGGAACCACAAAAAUCUGGACAUGAUGAAGAUGAUAACAAGUCGACUAAAACAUCAAGCAGACAAAGUUCUAUUAGCGAAGGACAUAAUAUCGAUAUUGAAGUUAAAAUACCAAGCAAAAAAGAUUCAUUAAACGAUGACACACAAAAGUCUCCCCAACUAGAUGAUGAAAAUAAAUCUGUUACAACAUCUAGCAAAAAGAGUUCCAUUAGCGAAGGACAUAAUAUCGAUAUUGAAGCUAAAAUACCAAACAGAAAAGAUUCAAUAAAAGAGGAACCACAAAAAUCUGGACAUGAUGAAGAUGAUAACAAGUCGACUAAAACAUCAAGCAGACAAAGUUCUAUUAGCGAAGGACAUAAUAUCGAUAUUGAAGCUAAAAUACCAAGCAGAAAAGAUUCAUUAUACGAUGACACACAAAAUUCUCCACAACUUGAUGAUAUUAAUAAAUCUGUUACAACAUCUACCAGACAGAGUUCUAUUACCGAAGGACAUAAUAUCGGCGUCGAGUCUAAAACACUAAACCGAAAAGAUUCAAUCGAAGGGAAUCCACAAAAAUCUGAGCAUGAUGAAGAUGAUAACAAGUCGACUAAAACAUCAAGCAGACAAAGUUCUAUUAGCGAAGGACAUAAUAUCGAUAUUGAAGUUAAAAUACCAAGCAAAAAAGAUUCAUUAAACGAUGACACACAAAAGUCGUCUCCCCAACUAGAUGAUGAAAAUAAAUCUGUUACAACAUCUAGCAGAAAGAGUUCCAUUAGCGAAAGACAUAAUAUCGAUAUUGAAGCUAAAAUACCAAACCGAAAAGAUUCAAUAAAAGAGGAACCACAAAAAUCUGGACAUGAUGAAGAUGAUAACAAGUCGACUAAAACAUCAAGCAGACAAAGUUCUAUUAGCGAAGGACAUAAUAUCGAUAUUGAAGCUAAAAUACCAAGCAGAAAAGAUUCAUUAUACGAUGACACACAAAAUUCUCCACAACUUGAUGAUAUUAAUAAAUCUGUUACAACAUCUACCAGACAGAGUUCUAUUACCGAAGGACAUAAUAUCGGCGUCGAGUCUAAAACACUAAACCGAAAAGAUUCAAUCGAAGGGAAUCCACAAAAAUCUGAGCAUGAUGAAGAUGAUAACAAGUCGACUAAAACAUCAAGCAGACAAAGUUCUAUUAGCGAAGGACAUAAUAUCGAUAUUGAAGCUAAAAUACCAAGCAGAAAAGAUUCAUUAAACGAUGACACACAAAAGUCUCCACAACUUGAUGUCGAUAAUACGACUAUUACAACAUCAAGCAGACAAAGUUCCAUUACCGAAGGACAUAAUAUCGAUAUUGAAGCUAAAAUACCAAGCAGAAAACAUUCAUUAAUCGAUGACACACAAAAAUCUCCAAAACUUGAUGAUAUUAAUAAAUCUGUUACAACAUCUAGCAGACAGAGUUCCAUUAGCGAAGGACAUAAUAUCGAUAUUGAAGCUAAAAUACCAAACCGAAAAGAUUCAAUAAAAGAGGAACCACAAAAAUCUGGACAUGAUGAAGAUGAUAACAAAUCGACUAAAACAUCAAGCAGACAAAGUUUGAUUAGCGAAGGACAUAAUAUCGAUAUUGAAGUUAAAAUACCAAGCAGAAAAGAUUCAAUAAAAGGGGAUCCACAAAAAUCUGGACAUAUUGAAUGUGAUAACAAAUCUGUUACAACAUAUAGCAGACAGAGUUCCAUUAGCGAAGGACAUAAUAUCGAUUUUGAUGCUAAAUUACCAAGCAGAAAAGAUUCAUUAAAAGGGGAUCUACAAAAAUCUGGGCAUGAUGAAGUUGAUAACAAAUCGACUAAAACAUCAAGCAGACAAAGUUCUAUUAGCGAAGGACAUAAUAUCGGUGUCGAGUCUAUAACACCAAGCAGAAAAGAUUCAUUUAACGAUGUCACACAAAAGUCUCCACAACUUGAUGUCGAUAAUACGACUAUCAAGCAGACAACAUCAAGCAGACAAAGUUCUAUUAACGAAGGACAUAAUAUCGACAUUGAAUCUAAAAUACCAAACAGAAAAGAUUCAAUAAAAGGGGAUCCACAAAAAUCUGGACAUAUUGAAUGUGAUAACAAAUCUGUUACAACAUCUAGCAGACAGAGUUCCAUUAGCGAAGGACAUAAUAUCGAUUUUGAAGCUAAAACACCAAGCAGCAAAGACUCGUUAAAUGUUGACAAACACAAUAUUCAACCACUUGAUGGUGAUAAUACGACUAUUACAACAUCAAGCAGACACAGUUCCAUUAGCGGAGGGCUUAAUAUCGAUAUUAAAGCUAAAAUACCAAGCAGAAAAGAUUCAUUAAUCGAUGACACACAAAAAUCUCCACAACUUGAUGAUAUUAAUAAAUCUGUUACAACAUCUAGCAGACACAGUUCUAUUACUGAAGGACAUAAUAUCGAUAUUGAAGCUAAAAUACCAAGCAGAAAAUAUUCAUUAAAUGAUGACACAUACAGUUCUCCACAACUUGAUGGUUAUAAUAUGACUGUUACAAAUUCCAGCAGCUUAAGUUCCAUUAGCGAAGGACAUAAUAUCGGUGUCGAGUCUAAAACAGCAAGCAGAAAAGAUUCAUUUAUCGAUGACACACAAAAAUCUCCACAACAUGAAGGAGAAUGUAAAUCUACUAUAACAAAAAGCAGACAAAGUCCCAUUAGCGAAGGACAUAAUAUAGAUAUUGAAGCUAAAAUACCAAACAGAAAAGAUUCAAUAAACGAUGACACACAAAAAUCUCCACAACUGGAUGAUGAUAAUAAAUCUACUUUAACAAUAAGCAGACAAAGUUCCAUUAGCGAAACGCAGAAAAUCGGUGUCAAGUCUAACACACAAUGUAGAAAAACUUCAUUUAACGAUAAUAAAGAAAAAUUUCUACAACAUGAAGCUGAAUGUAAAUUUACUACAACAAAAAGCAGACAAAGUUCCAUUAGCGAAGGGCAGAAUAUCGAUAUUGAACCUAUAAUAUCGAGCAGAAAUGAUUCAGCAUUGAUGGAAUCACAAAAAUCUGUCUUGCAAGAAAGCAACAACGAUCCUAAUGUACUUAACAGAGGAGGAUUGUUAACUGAGAAUAUUCAACAUGAAGGCGAUACUAUGUUGUCUACAAUAUUAAGAAGACACAGUUCUAUUAGCCAAGAUCAUAUUAUACUGAGCAAAAAAUAUUUAACGAAUGAGGAACAGCCAAAAUCUACAUUGCAUGACAAUUAUGUUAAUUCCAAAGUAGAAAUUAAUAAAAAUUGUAAUUUAACCGGAACUAAUGCUCAUGGAAUUGUUUGUCAUAAUUUAGAUGGGUUUUCUAUUAAAAGUAGUGUUAUAAAAACUGAUGGUGUUGUUAUAAAUGAUAAUAUAUUAAGUCUUCGAAUUGAGGAUAAAGAUAAAAAGUUCACUGAUGAUACUUUCGGUGACUUCGAUGUUACAAAUUUAACAGAUACGGAAAUUGCCUCGAAACAGUCUUUAGGUCUUAAUUUAAAUGAUCUUGAUUUAGGUGUAACAAAAGACGUCAUUUUGCAGUUAAAUAUUGAUGUUCAGAAAGCUUUAAAUCAAUGUAGCAGCGAUGAUGAAAAACCUACUACUCCACUAUCCGACGUAUUUCAUUCAGCAAUGAACACAGACGACGAUGAAACGCAGAAUAAAGCUGAUGAUGUUUCAGAGUUUUGUGGAUCUUCUUUUCCAAUAGCUUCACCUACGCAGCUCGAUAAUCAACAGUUGGAGUAUGAUUUUAAUAAAGCAAUGCACGAACACAGAAUUGCAAGAGGUGAAGACCUUACAGCUACAACAACGGAAACAAAUGGAAAUCAAGUAGAGAAUGAAAAAAAUUUAACUGAAAACGACAAUAUCAAUCAAAAUCAGUCUACAAUUUCCGAUGCAGUAAUAAACUGGGGCAAGCCUUUAGGUUUACCACCAAUUCAGAGUAUUAACAAUAACGGAUUUGAUCCUAUCCAAGAGUGGGGCAACCCUUUAGGUCUUCCGUCUCCCACUACUCCUGGCCACGACUUAAGUGAACCAACAAAUAAUAGUAGUAAUGCUUCACCGAAAAAAAGUGCUAAAAAGAUGUUCGACAACAAACCAAUAAUUAAUGUCAUCGAUAAAGAUUCACCAUAUCGUCUACGACGUUCGGACUCUCCGAAUAAGCUUAGAAGUCGUUCUUCAAGUCGAAUGUCAAAAAUAAAUCCAACUUACCUAGAUUUGAUAUACGUGCCUCAUCAUGGAAACUCAAAAUAUGUAACAGCUGACUUUUUUAAGCGUAUUAGAGCAAGAAAUUAUGUUUUCAGCGGUAUUGAUCCCAAUAAAGAAGUUUUAAACGCAUUAAUUGAGGGUAAACAAACAUGGGAUGACCAGGAACUUGAGGUUACAAUCAUUCCAACAUACGAUACGGAUACAAUGAACCAGUGGGCAGCUGAAAACGAGGAACUUCUGACUAAACUAAAGAUAGAUAUAAGUCCAAGCGCCAGUCGAUGCACUAUUAAGCUGCAGGAUCAUAAUACUAGCUGCUCUGCUUAUCGAUUAGAAUUUUAAUAAUAUUAUAAUCCACAAGUGUGCAUCAAUAUAGUUUUAAGUAUAAUAAUCUAAAAUGAAAAAUUGUUUUAAAAAAUAAUAUUUCGAAGCAUGUGAUAUCAAGUAGUGUUAAUCUGUCCAUUUUCACUGCUGAAUAGAUCAUUAAAUUUCUUACUUCUUAAACAGCAUUUAAAACUAUUACUUUUUAUAGUUUAAGCAAAAAUGACAAAUAUAUGAUCAUAUUUCCGUUCCAAAAAUAAUAAUAAAAAUAUAAAUACAAACUUUUUUAUGUGUAAGAAAAUUGCACAUAUAAACGCUAAACACGAGACUGCAUAUUCCAUCCCAAUAGUAUACUUUUUCUAUUUACACAUAAUAUUUAAAAUUAUAAUUAUUAAAAAAAGAAAUGUUUUAUUCCAACGUCAUCAACAUAACAUUGUACGGUUAUUAAAUAGCACAGACUUUAAUAUUUAACCGCUUAUUCCUUAAAUAUAACCAAUAAACAAUAUAUUUAAAAAAGCAACUAUAUUAACUCGAUAUUUUAUAUUAUAAAUUUGACUCAUUCUAAUUUUUAAUAUUUACUAUACUAAUAAAAACAUUCUUAGUAAAAUAUCAAUCUAUGUUUGCGAAUUAAAUAUUGAAUGUGUCAAAAAUGAUAAAAAUGUUUUUGGAAUAAAUUAAAUAGAAUUGGCUAUGUAAGGCAGGGUAAUAAUAUAGAAAAGGAUAUCAACAUUUUUUUGGAUAAUCUUCUGCUUUUCUUUAGGUGAUAUAUUUAUACGUCCAAGUACAUGUACUGUAGAUUUUUUACGAGUAUACAGUUGGUUAAUUAUUGUUCAACAUAAUUUAUAUUUUAAUUUUUAACAAUUGUAUACAUUUUUUUCUUAGUUUUAUUUACAUCUCAACAGUCAACCUAUGUAUCAAUUUUAUAAUUUAGAACAACUAAUAUUAUUCUUUCUAGAAUAAACUUAAGCAUUUGUUUGAAUAAUAUAAUAAUAACCGCAAUAAGAUACAAUUUUUAGUUAUUAUCAAAAUGUGUGUCGUAAUUUGUAGUUAGGGUAUUAACAAGUCAUUUAUUAUUAUUUUUACAUUAAUUUUAAAAACAUUAUUGUAAUUUACUAUUAAUCUAAUAUUCAUGCACCAAAUAAUAACUUUAUUCCACAAUUUUUAUCACUGUGGUGUAACCUUUAAGUCCAGCUUUUUUAUUAUAAAAUAUAAUCUAAAACGUUUUGUUUUUAGUUUAUACACCUAGAAACUGUAUACAAUGUAUUAACAAAUUAGACACACAUAUUAUAUCAUACAAUUAGAAUUCAGAAAUGUACUCUAACUGUUCAUAUUUACAUAAAUAAAACAUUGAUUUUUUAUUUUUUUAUUUUCAAUUAUCAUAAAGCAAACCGUUGCUCAAAAUAGUGUAAUUAAAUAAAACCACUACGCUUAAUAAUACAUCAAAUUAGAAUAGCAUCACCACAAAUAAUAUUUAUUUAAGUUUUUUUUAAAAUUGUUUUUAGUUAUUUGACGGUUCUGAUAACAUUAUUAGACUUUUAUACUGUGUUUAGUUUAUCUAGUUACAUAACCUUUUAAUUUUAAUAUUCAACCCACAUAGACGAUUUUGAUGACAAUAAUAACUAGUUGAGAUAACUACUAGUUUUUUUGGUGUUACAUAAUUUUAUAUAAUAUUAUAACUCAUUUGAUUAAAUUUAUUACGACUUUAAAUUUUACACUUACAACAUAAUAUGUAUUCAAAUUACAUUUUAGAAACUAUUUCAAAUUUAAAUACAAUUUUUUUUUAUCAGAUAAUUAUUAUAUUGCAAAUGCCAUUGAAAUUGUUUUUGAUAUUUUAAUUGUUUCAUGUAGCUACCAGCUUGCCGUUUUUUACUGAGAUCUUGAUAUAAUUAUGUAGGAUUUGUAUGAGCAUAAUAUGAAAUAAUUUUUUAAAAAUGGUGCUAUGUUCCGUCAUGGAUAAAGUCUUACUUUAAAGACUUAAGAAAACGUGAUUUAGGUAAUAUACAUUUUAUGUUUUAAAAUUGUUACUUUAAUAUUUAUUACAGUAAGAUAGACUUUUAUAAAAAAAAAUUAUUAUUAUAGUUUUUAUUAUGUUAAAUAAAAUAUUAUU